AAAUUUUCCAACUAUAUUAUUUAAUGAAAAUCGCUUAUAUUACAUAAUCAAGGUGCUGCGGUUACUCCCGCAGAUGCUGUGGCACUGAAUGCACUUUCCAAGGGAACUUCAGCAACAGGCAGGUCGCAGUGACCCACUAGCAAAUAUCGUCAAGAAUCCUUGCUCAUUGGUCAUCUACUCAAGACUUCACCUGAUAUUCUAGAAUGCCUCCCCCACACUAUGAUUUCCUCAUCAAGCUUCUCUUGAUUGGCGACUCAGGUGUUGGGAAAUCCUGUCUUUUGCUCCGCUUCUGUGAUGAUGCGUGGACACCAUCGUUCAUCACCACAAUCGGGAUUGACUUCAAGAUCCGCACAAUCGAGCUAGAUGGAAAACGCAUUAAACUUCAAAUUUGGGACACUGCUGGCCAGGAACGGUUCAGAACCAUCACUACUGCGUACUAUCGUGGAGCAAUGGGCAUUCUUCUUGUGUACGACGUCACAGAUGAGCGAUCAUACAACAGUAUUCGCACUUGGCAUGCUAACAUUGAACAACAUGCUUCAGAGGGUGUCAACAAGAUACUGAUCGGUAAUAAGUCGGAUUGGACAGACAAGCGAGCCGUACCAGAAAUCCAGGGACGUGCACUUGCCGAUGAACUUGGCAUGAAGUUUAUGGAGACGUCUGCCAAGGCGAAUGAAGGUGUAGAAGAGGCCUUCUUCACCCUUGCAAGGUUUGUCGCGUUGUACUGCAUUUGCGGAGUUAACUCCAAUUCCCGACUGUACAGAGACUGCAAGACUCGGCUCAUCGACUCGCAAGCAGACUCGGCUGCCUCAGUGGGAGGUGCUUCCAACGCAGAUGGGUCAGUGAAAGUCAACCAACCUGCGACUUCAGCGUCGAUCGGUUGCUGCUCAUAAGCACCUAUGUUGGACGCUAGUACAAUCCGAGCUUCUUUUGUUCAUCUUUUUUCAAACUAUUUCAUGUUACCUCCGUAUUCCCCUUCCAUGUAAUACUGUUCUACCACAUGACACGGUGCUAUUGACUGAAUUAUCUUCACUAGUAUUUGGAGCAAGUGUUGCUUUGACUCGUUGCGCAGUGCUCAAGUGCCGAAGUUCUAAUUAGGAUGAACAUACUUAUGACUGCCCGAA